CCUUCCCCCUCUCCGGUCCGAUACAUCAAACUGACGCGCACUCUGGUGACAUGUCGGUAAAAAGUGAUCGGAAUCAAAUCAGAGCUUUUAAUCUCGCCAAUCACCGUCACAUCUGGACGUUUUCCCUCACAUAAAGACUCGGGUGGAGGAGCCGCGGCUGCUCCUGCGCAUCAGCUGGAGACGCAGAGGAAAUGUCCAGCUUUCUGAGAAUCACGGGGCCUUGCUGCUGUUUACUCUGUCUUACAGGAAUUAUGCGCAUAGGGAAAAUUAUUAUCAUAGUCAUAUAUUUAAAAAAAAUAUUGUAACUAGUACGAUUAUGACCGAAGUAUAACAAAAAUGGAAAAAAAUAAAUAUUAAUAUUUAUGCUAAGUUUGUCCCGAUGGACAAUAAAUGGGAGAAAAGGCCUCAAGAAUAGUUUAUGAUGUCUAAAACGUAAAAUAAAAAUAAAAAACCUUUUUUAAAUUCCUAAGAUCAUUUUAGCAACACAAUUUCAAUAAAAAAAAAUGAAAUUCUCAUGGACAUGUUCAUAUAUCAGUGUCUCGAUGCAACAGUCCUUAGGCUUCCAGCUAUAUGAUUUACUACAAAUUGUAAAUGAACUGAAUUGAAUUUGACUAAAUUCCAUUAUAACUUGGAUCGAAUUGGGAUACAUCUAACUGAAUUUAAAUCUUCCCGUAUGGUUUAGAUGACAUUGAGUUGAUUCAAUAUAUAUUUCCCAGAAAUGAGUUGAACCUGUUUGUCUUUAUAAAAUGAACUGAAAUUAUGCUACACGGAUAAACUGAACGGAACUGGUUGUUACACGCUAAAUGAACGCGAUUUAAUGGAAACGUGAGAAUGGUGGUUAAAUCUCGUCACAUCUGGGCUGAGCUGGAAAAGUUAACUCCAACGGAAUUAGUUAGAUACGUCCGGUAAAGGAAGCAGGGGCUUUGUGAGCGAUUUGAUUCGGGGGGGGUCAGUUUUUUGUAGAACGGUGGUUUAACUAACGCCGUGGACCGCGUGGGCGGUGCAAUGAUCUUUGGUGGGAUGGGGAAGAGGAGGUGGAGGGGCAGUCCGUUUCCACGCUCACUCGCUGGUGGCAUUGUCAUGGAAACAAGACCACCGCUUCGCUAUUGUCUCGCGCCCUACAGAGUUUAUUAUAAGCACCGCGCGAGCCGCAGCGCGCUGUCAAACGGAGCGCAGCGCGGAGAGGAGACUAGAGCUGAAGACACGCACAGACAGAGGAAGUGAAGGAGGAGAGAGAGAGAGAGAGAGAGUGCAAAGAAAACAUCUGGAUUACCUAAAGGAACCCUUCCACACAGAGAUAUACAAACUAAAAGAGUUUGAGGGAGGGAAAGUUCGGAGAUUCUGGAGAGAAAAGCCCAAGUCCGACACUCCGUUACCGCCAAGAAACGAGCAGCAGCUGCGUGAAAGCCGCGGACCGGUGUCUGCACCGGCUCUCCUCCAUGUAUAAGAUGGAUUACUCCUACCUGAACUCCUACGACUCCUGCAUGGCGGCCAUGGAAGCGUCGGCCUACGCGGACUUCAGCUCCUGCAGCCAGGCCAGCUCCUUCCAGUACAACCCGAUCCGGAGCGGCCCGUUCUCCAACCCGGGCUGCACGCCGCUGAGCACGGCCAGCUGCACGCUGGGAGCCCUGCGGGAGCACCAGCCCACACCGUACUCCUCCGUCCCCUACAAGUUCUUCUCGGACCCUUCUGGACUGAACGAGAAGAGGAAGCAGCGGCGCAUCCGGACCACCUUCACCAGCUCCCAGCUAAAGGAGCUGGAGCGAGUCUUCGCCGAGACGCACUACCCGGACAUCUACACCCGAGAGGAGCUGGCGCUGAAAAUAGAUCUGACCGAGGCCCGGGUCCAGGUGUGGUUCCAGAACAGACGUGCCAAGUUCCGCAAGCAGGAGCGGGCAGCCAAUGCCAAGGCCAACAACUCUGGUGGCAACGCGGGCAGCAACAGCAGCAGCAGCUCUGGGGGGAAGAAAGGUGGAGAAACAAGAUCUUCGUCAGAUGAUGACGAGUCCAAGGAGUCCACCUGCAGCCCCACACCCGACAGCACCGCUUCCCUGCCCGGCUCGGCCAAUGGGAACCUGGGGAGCCCCGCCAGCCUGAGCCCCAGCCCGGCCCCCACCAACAGCGGCUACACCAACGCCUCCAGCUCCCCGGUCCUCCAGGGGCUGAAGCCCCCCAGCUGGUCCAGCCUGGGGCCGUCCAACCCGGCUGUGGCCCAGCCGGCUGCUCAGACUCAGGAGAUUCUGAAGGCCUGGCAGCCGGCGGACAGUAUGACCGGGCCUUUCGCUGGAGUCCUGUCAUCCUUCCACAGAAAACCCAAUCCUGCCAUCAAGACAAAUCUGUUCUGAGGUAAAAAAAAAAAAAAAAAAAAAAGAGGGGGAGAAGACGAGGACCAAUCAGGAACAGAUAAGAGCUUCAAACUUUUUUUUUUUUCUUUUUAGUGGAGAAACAAAAGAUGCCCACCAUGUUCUGGUCAGAGGCCAGAGAAUACCAGGUCUGGUAGUCCAGGAGUGUUAUGAAGCUGUACAGAAUCAGCCUGGAUGUGGACAGAUUCCCAAGAACUUUCUCUAUUUAAUGACAUUGAACUCUGCAUUACAGGCGUUCAAGCAGUUUCCUGAACGCCUCCUUGCAUCUUCUCUGUCUUUGUUGCAUACUCACAUUCCCACACUCUCUGCAGCAGCUCUGAUGAAGUAUGGAGGUCAGGUAUGACCUAAAAGCAGAAAUCCAAACAUCACCCAUCUUUGCUGAGGAAACAAAGCAAACCUUUACCCUCAAGCACAACUAGAUACACACUUUUUUUUUUUUUUUAAAUGGCCCCAAAUCUCUGUUUGCCAAGCGGAGCUGGGGGUGCCUCAAAAUCCAAUUAGAGCUGCUUGGUUCAGACUAGACGCCUCCCCAGAUCAGCUCAUUCCCUCGUCCGUGUGCGACGCAUCGAGUCCUGACGUCUCAGAAAACAGUUGCUACUUUGGUGAAUCUCAAAAGGAUGCAGGUUUUUGAGUCAAACUUGUAGUUUAAGCUUGCAAAUGUAUGGGUCUGACUGCAUAAUUGAUACGUUCUGCUGAUGGUAAAAGCAAUGCAAUCGGUCCCUCACUUAAGACUGAAGAGGUUGCUUCCCCUUCCCUCCAUCUGCUUUAAUCAACUUUUCAGACCAAACCGGAAUUACUUGUUCUAAACCCUCAUAAAAUGUCCUGUUUUGUCCCUUAAUGCCUCAGUUUUGGGCUUUUUCAUGCAUUCCUCAGAAUGAAAAAAACCAAACAAACAUGUAUUUAUUAAUAUUUUUCACACAUCUUGGAGUGGCUGUAAAUUCUGUAGAUAGUAAUAUAAAUAUUAGAUAGUUGUCCCACCUUUUUUUUCUGGCUUUACAGUCCUACUUCACUGCAGAGCAUCUGUCUCACAGGAACAUGUGAAGCUCUGUCGAAUGAGAAGUUACAGCACUACUCUGAAUAUUCUAAUAAAUCUACAUUAUGAAGGCACUA